CUCCGUGUCUAUCUCUAAAAACAGUAGCUCCACCGUCGGCAGCACAAAACGCGUCUGCAUCUUUUGUGGAGGGAAGGAAGGCGUCUCUACUUGCAGAGAAACCCCUCCGCGUUGUGCCUGUGUGCCUAAACCCUGUAGAAGAAAGAUGCUCGCAAUUUCACUGUGACGUCGCCGGAGGCGACGAGGACGAACCCCGAGCUCGGCGGCGGCGUGAGGCCGCUUGCCCCACAUAUCCUCUCUUCAGGAACUUCCACGGCAUCCGGAACUCGCCAUCACUAUACAGCAGAGUUAUCUUCUCCAGCUGGUGGCAUCCCCACAGCUGGAGAUUCAUUCCCCUCUCGGAGUAGUUCAGAUAGGGUAGAAGCGGUGACUUGCAGAAGAUUGUGCUACUCCCCUUAAAUCUCUAUCAUACUCUUGCUUACCUUUGCUCCAGUCACUUGUGUCGCUUCCGUCUGAAACUUCACCAACAUUGCCUCCAAAACUUUUGCCUGAGCCAAACUAAUGAUCAGCUACAUGAUUCAAGCCGUCGUGGAGAUGAUUCUAUGUAGAGCCGCCACGGGGGUUCUAGGGGCCAUGAUCUAUGUGUCCAUUUGUAUGUUCAUGGAGUAUAUGCUUUUCAAGAAUGCACGUGACAACAUCAUGUUCCUUGAAGCUGAGCUCGAGGCAAUGCAGGCCUUCGUCUUGAAGAUGUCCAAGGUAGAGGAGCUUCACGAGCGAGAUAAGUACUGGAUGAAGAAGAUGCAGAAACUUUCCCACGACAUUGACUACAGCAUCAGCGUCUUCAUGUUGCUUGGAUUUCGAUAUGAUAAAAACGUCAAGCCAAAAGGUUUCGAGAGCCUCAUAAUCGGGACCGGGAACCUACUGAUAUUUAUAAGGCUUCGCUCUAUGAUACUAAGGGAGGUGAAUAAUCUCGUAGACCGAGUCAUUGAGUUGGGGCAGCGGCAUGGAAGGUACAAAGUUGAUUACAACAUCUCCAAGGCUACCAUCCGGUAUCUGCAAAGCUCCUUCACGGAGCGCGCAGGACGACUCCUGGUCAAGCUGCUCACUCUUCUGCUCGAGGAGUACAAGCUUUUCAAGAGUGCGUGCGAUAAGAUCGUGUUCCUCAAACCCGAGGUUGAGACAAUGAAUGCUUUCCUUUUGAAGAUGUCCCAGGUACAAGAGCCUGACGAGCAAGACAAGUACUGGAUGAAGGAGAUGCAGAAGCUGUCCCACGACAUCCAGGACAGCGUCAACGACUUCAUGCUCUGUGUAUAUGAUAACCCCACCAAGCCAAAAGGUUUCAAGGGCUUCAUAAUCAGGGCAACAAACCUACUGAAAUAUAUCAAGACUCGCCGUGGGAUAUUAAAAAAGGUCAAUAAUCUCCAAGCCCUAGUCAUUAAGGUGUGGCAGCGGCAUGCAAGGUACAAAGUUGAUUACAAAAUCGCCAAGGCUAGCAAUUCCAGGUUAAUGGAACAUGAUGUCUUGGAGCAUAUACUUGAUGGCACAAAGGAACCAACGAAUCUACCGUUUGAACUUCUGAAGAGCAUCACUAGAAAUUUCUCUGAAAACAGAGAAAUUGGUCGGGGUGGAUUUGGAAUUGUUUACAAGGGUGUACUCCCAAAUGAGAUUGUUGCUGUGAAGAGGAUUUUCAGCCACCACACGAUCGAUGAGAAGAUAUUUUAUCGUGAAGUUAACAGUCUGUUGAAUGUUAACCAUGAAAAUGUUGUCCGGUUUCUUGGCUACUGUGCUUCUACUGAGCAUUCUGCAAUGAAGAUUGAAGGAUCAAGAGAGUAUAUUUACGCUGAGAUAAGAGAAAGAUUGCUCUGUUUUGAGCAUAUCGGCAAUGGAAGCCUUCAUGAAUAUAUUACUGACGAAUUAAGGGGACUUGACUGGAAUAGACGUUAUCAGAUAAUAAAGCAAAUUUGUGAUGGUUUGCUUUAUCUUCACAAGGAAAAGCAUAUUUUUCAUAUGGAUUUGAAACCUGAUAAUAUACUUCUAGAUAACCACAUGGUGGCGAAAAUCGCGGAUUUUGGAUUGUCAAGACUUGAUGAAAAAUCACAAACAAUGGAUGCAAAUCGUUGUGUAACAUUAGGAUAUUGCUGUCCUGAAUACCUACUUGGUGGUAAGAUGUCGGUCAGAUCAGACAUCUAUAGUUUGGGCGUAAUAAUCAUUGAACUGGUGACAGGAUGUAAAGAUAUCCCUGAGAACAGUAAUGUGCUGAGGAGAUGGAGGCAUAGAUGGAAUAAAUCACUGAAGGAAACACCAUGGGCUUACCAGCAAUUACAAAUAACUAAAUGCAUCGGAAUAGGCCUACAUUGUCAGGAAAGUGAUCCAUACAAACGGCCAUUUAUAUGGGAUGUCAUACAUGAUAUCAACGAAACUGAAGAUACCUUGGGACAAACCAGCAAUGCCGAUGAAUCUGACGCUGACCAGAUAAGGCCCCACUGGGAUGAUGAUAUGCUUGGAAUUGAGCCCCUCAAGCUACAUUUUCAUUUUGAACCUAACAAGCAGAUAUCAUGCCUACUUCAGUUAGCUAACGAUACAACUACUAGCAUUGCCUUCAGUAUACAAUCGGUGAGCCCGAUGCCAUACUGCAUACAACCAAACAAAGGAAUUGUGCCGCCACUAUCCAGUUGUGCCGUUGACAUAACAUUACAGUCGCAAAGUAAGCCACUGAAGGACAUGCAGCACCUGGGUGAGUUCGUCGUGCGGAGCACCAAAGUAGCUGAUGGAGUUACAACUGAGGAGAUAACUUCAGACAUGUUCAGUAAAGUGUCCGGUGAAGUUGUUGAUGAGGUUAACGUGGAUGUUGUUUUUGACAUGCCACUAUUACUUGAGGAAGCUUGAGUAUCCGUGUGUAACACUUCAAUUUGGCAACUAGGAUUAACAAAUAACGAUAAUCUGAGGAAUUGCUUGAUUAAAA